UGAGGUAUUUAAGCACAGAGCAGGACAGCGCAGGCAAGCUCUCAACUCCCAGCGAGUGAAGGGAGGAGGACUGGAGCAGAAAGUAGCAGCCCGUUUGGCCACAGACACGCGCACCCUCACGCCACUCUGACACCUUCCCUCGCUCCGCUCGCCAACUCCACACCUGGACUCCUAGUUUCUGUUGGAACUGUACCCGCCGGCCGGCCCUCCCCCCCCCUCUCCAGCACCCCUCCCUCUGUCGUCUCUCUCUCUCACACACACUCGCUCGCUUCCCUGGCUCCCGGCGGGAUGGCGCGGGCCUCUCUCGGGGCCGCCCUGAGCUGCGCCCUGCUGGCCCUGGCGCUGGGCAGCGGCAUGGAUUUGGGGACCCCCCCGGCGGGGUUCUACCCCCGCUUCAACCCCUUCUUCUUCCUGUGCACCCACCACGGGGACCUGGAGGGGGGCAGUGUGGCGGAAGGGGGGGGCGAGGUGCUCCUCACGCUGCAGAUCGCGGGGAACCCCACCGCCUACACCCCCGGACAGGAGUACCAGGUGACGAUUUCCACCAGUACCUAUUUCGACGGUCUGCUGGUCACAGGGCUCUACACCUCCACCACCGUCCAAUCAGCUCCCAUCCCUCCACCCGCUGCCUUUGGCUUCGGAGUGAUGUCGGAGCGCCAGUUCGGGACGCAGUUUGUGUGCAGUGUGGUGGCGUCCCACGUCAGCCACCUGCCCUCCACCAGCCUCAGCUUCGUCUGGAUCGCCCCCCCACCGGGCACCGGCUGCGUCAACUUCCUGGCCACAGCCACCCAUCGAGGACAGAUCAUCUUCAAGGAUGCUCUGGCCCAACAGCUGUGUGAGCAGGGAGCUCCAACUGAGUCCCCGCUGCGGCCCAGUCUAGCUGAGAUACACGGGAAGCACGUUAUCCUCCGAGACGACUUCGACUCCAACCAGCUGGGAGAGCUGGACUCCAGCAUCUGGUCAGAGUGCAGUAACUGUGAGAUAGGCGAGCAGUGUGGUGUCCUGAUGCACGGGCGGUCGCUGACCUUCUGCGAUCCGUUUGGACAGAGAGAGCUGACCACCAUGCCUCUCAACACCAGCACAGCCUCUGUCUUGCAGUUCGCCCUGGGUUCGGGCUCCUGCCGGUUCAGUUACUCGGAUCCCUGCAUCACCGUGGCCUACAGCCUGAACAGCUCGGACGAGUGGACCACCCUGGAGAGGAUCAGGGCCCCCUCCAACAGCAGCACGGUGGUGCACCUCGUACCCCUGCCCCUCCAGGCCCGGGGCGAGGGGGUGCGUCUGCGUUGGUCCCAGGAGGCUGUGCCCGGUCCCGAGGGGUACGAGUCCUGCUGGGGGCUGGACAAUGUGCUGCUGGUGAAUGCCGCACACCGGCCCCCGCUGCUGGAGGAUAACCUGGACCCUCCUGACACAGCCAACUGGCUUUUCUUCCCUGGAGCCACUGUCAAGCACGCCUGUCAGUCAGAGGGCAACGCCUUGUAUUUCCAUGGCAACGAGGGGACCGGGCAUAGUUUCGCCUCCACCCGGGACGUGGACCUGCACCGCGAGGAGGGGCGCAGCUAUUGGGAGGAGGACUUUGAGAGCCCCCCCUCAGGCUGGGAUAUCGAGGGUGCGGUGUACGGGACGCAGUGCGGGGAGGUGGAGUCGGGCUUGGCCCUGGUGUUCCAGCGGGACGGGGAGAGGAAGGUGUGCACCCCUUACCUGGACACCACGGCCUACGGCAACCUGCGCUUCCACUUCACAAUGGGUGGGGGACAGUGUGACCCCGGAGAGUCCCACGAAAACAACGUCAUCGUUUUCGGGCGAUCGGAGGGACGGAGAGAGCACAUUCUGCUGGACACCUUACCCUACUCCUCUUACAGGACCCCCUCGGUGGUUUCGAUCGCCCUGCCCACGGACCUGCAGACCCCGGUGACCCAGUUCUGCCUGGAGCAGCGCACCCACGGCGGCCCCAACCGCCACGUCUGGGCCGUGGACUUCAUGCAGCUGCUGCCGGUGCUGCCCGGCACCCACACGCACGUGGCCCAGUUCUCCAUCAACCUGGGCUGCGGGUCCUACCAGCCUGCCAACAGCGUCAACCUGGAGUUCUCCACCAAUCACGGUCGCUCCUGGUCCCUCCUGCACACGGAGUGCCUGCCUGAGCUGUGUGCUGGACCCCACCUUCCCCACAGCACGGUCUACUCCUCCGACAACUACAGCGGGUGGACCAGGAUAUCCAUCCCGUUGCCCAACGCAGCCCUGACGGAGAGCACCCGAUUCCGCUGGAAACAGACCGGACUGGGCACCGGGAACAUGUGGGCCAUUGACAAUGUGUACCUCGGCCCAUCCUGCCUACGCUUCUGCUCUGGAAGAGGACACUGCUCUCGCACCGGCUGCAAGUGCGACCCGGGAUUCAGUGGGCCGGCCUGCGAGCUGGCCUCUCAGACCUUCCCAGCGUUCCUGUCGGAGGGGUUCUCCAGCGCACGCCUCUCGUCCUAUCACAGCUUCUCGUCCCUGCGCGGGGCAGAGGUCAGCUUCGGCUGUGGCGUGCUGGCAAGUGGCAAGGCCCUGGUGUUUAACCGAGACAGCCGCAGGCACCUGGUCACCGCGCCGCUGGACAGCACUCAGGCCAGGUACCUCCAGUUCACGCUGAGGCUAGGCAGUCGCAGCACUCUGAGCUCCUGUCCUGCCCCCGAUCAGCCAGGAGAGGGCGUCCUCCUCCACUACUCCUCCGACAACGGCAUCACCUGGACCCUGCUGCAGCACUACUCCUACCAGGGCUUCCACGAGCCCAGGAUCGUCUCUGUGGAGCUGCCCCCUGGGGCACGUAAGUUCGGGGUACAGUUCCGCUGGUGGCAGCCCUACCACUCGGGACGGGGGCAGGACGUGUGGGCACUGGAUGAGAUCACCAUGACCUCCGUGCUCUUCAACACCAUCAGCCUGGACUUCAGCAACGUGCUGGACGUCACCCAGAGCCUGGGCUUCUACCUGGGCCAUGUGCAACCGUACUGCCAGCACGACUGGACUCUCAGCUUCUCCGGGGAGCCCAGCCCUGGCUCCAGUAUCCGCUACGUGGAGACGCAGUCCAUGCAGAUCGGGGCGUCCUACACCCUUCAGUUCUCCCUGGUGAUGGGCUGUGGCCGGGAGCCCUCCCCCAACAUCGACACGCAGGUCCGCCUGGAGUUCUCCACCAAUCACGGGCUCACCUGGCAUCUCGUGAAGGAGGCCUGUCUGCCCGGGAUGCCCAGCUGCCCAGAGUUCACUGCGCCCAGCGUGUACCAUCCCUCUGAGUUCACUGACUGGAGGAGGAUAACACUCCCCCUGCCUCACAAGACCUGGUCCAGCGCCACCCGUUUCCGCUGGAUCCAGAACUACUACGGCGAGCAGGACGAGUGGGCCCUGGACGACAUCUACAUCGGGCAGCAGUGUCCCAACAUGUGCCACGGCCAUGGCUGGUGUGACCAUGGCCACUGCAGGUGUGACGACGGCUUCUCUGCCACGGACUGCCAGCCCUCCUCCCCUCUCUCCUCCAGUGUCCUCUCGGACUUCGAGUCCCAGACUUCCCUGGUCACCGCGUGGCAGGAGGUGAUUGGUGGAGAGAUUGUGACCCCUGACCAGGGCUGUGGAGUCGUCUCAUCGGGGUCCUCGCUCUAUUUCAACAAGGCUGGACUGAGGCAGCUGGUGAGCAGGGAUCUUGACACGGAGUGGGCGGAGUUUGUGCAGUUCUACCUGCGCGUGGGCGGAGACUGGGCGGAGUGUAACCAUGCCGACAGCCGAGAGGAAGGCGUGCUGCUGCAGUACAGCAACGAUGGGGGCAUCAGCUGGGGCCUCAUCGCCGAGAUGUACUUCACUGACUUCACCAAGCCUCGGUUUGUGCAUUACGAGCUGCCCCUGGCCUCCAAGACCCCCUGCACCCGGUUCCGCUGGUGGCAGCCCCUUCACUCCGGGGAGGGCUAUGACCAGUGGGCCAUCGAUGACAUCAUCAUCCUGUCCGAGAGGGAGAAACACAUCAUCCCUAUUGCCAACCCCACCCUGCCUCAGAACUUCUAUGAGAAGCCGGCCUUCGACUACCCUCUGAACCAGAUGAGUGUGUGGCUGAUGCUGGGAAACGAGGGCAUGGAGGAGAGGAACGACAGCUUCUGUGCCCCCACGCCGUCCGCCAUGGUGUUCGGGCGCUCUGAUGGGGACAGGGUGGCGGUGACCCGGGACCUGGCCCUCCGCCCCGGCUACACCCUUCAGUUUAAGCUGAACAUCGGCUGUGAGUCUCAGUUCAGCGCCUCGGCCCCAGUGAUGCUGCAGUACUCCCAUGAUGCCGGGCGCAGCUGGGCGCUGGUGAGGGAGGGCUGUUACCCCGGCUCGCCAGGAGGGGGCGGCUGUGAGGGCAGCGGCCGGGAGCUGCGGGAGCCCACCGUCUACAACACCGGAGACUACGAACGCUGGAGCAGGGUUACCGUGGUGAUACCCCGCAACGUGGCUGCCAGCAAGACGAGGUUCCGCUGGUUCCAGGAGAGCAGUGUGUACCGGGACGCCCCGCCCUUCGCCCUGGAUGGGGUGUACAUCUCUGAGCCCUGUCCCAACCACUGCGGGGGACACGGGGACUGUAUCUCUGGAGUCUGCUUCUGUGACAUGGGCUACACAGUGGAGCAGGACAGCUGUGUGCCGGCCACGCCCAGCCCCACGGAGCUGGCCGAGGGCUUCGAGGGGAAGCUGAGCCCCCUGUGGGAGAGCCUGAGCGGGGGGCAGAUCGGGGGAGGCUGUGGGACCAUCAGCGAGGGGAAGGCCCUGUACUUUAGCAGUGCCGGGAGGAGAGAGGCCCGAACCGUCCCCCUGGACACCACCAAUACCCGUCUUGUCCAGUUCUAUAUCCGGAUUGGUGGGAAGAGUAUGGGUCCCACUUGUACUCGGCCUCGCUCUCGCAAUGAAGGGGUGAUCGUUCAGUUCUCCACCAACAACGGUGUGCAGUGGCACUUCCUCAGAGAGCUGGAUUUCAGCUCCUUCCUGGAGCCCCAGGUGGUGACCAUCGAGCUGCCCCCCCCCGCCAAGACACCCUAUACUGUGUUCCGCUGGUGGCAGCCGCAGCAGGGGAAGCACUCGGCACAGUGGGCUCUGGACGACGUUCUGAUCGGGAUGAACGACAGCUCCAGGACCGGCUUCCACGACAAGUUUGACGGGACGUCCCCGCUGAGGUACAACUGGUACCGCGUGCAGGGGGGCGAGGUGACAGUGGACUGCCUGUCGCUGGACACCGCGCUGACCUUCAACACAGAGUCCAAUGAGAAGAAACCCCGGUACGCAGAGAGCUGGGAUUUCGAGGUUUCCGGCUCCUCCUUCCUGCAGUUUGACCUGAGCAUGGGCUGCAGUAAGUCCGUGUCUCCCGCGCACGGCGUGCGGCUGGAGUACUCCACUGACUGCGGGCGGCACUGGGCCCUGCUCACGCCCGAGUGCGUGCCCCCCGCCAUCGGCUGCGCCGGCUACACCCAGAGCUCCGUCUACAGCGCCCCCCAGUACUCCCGCUGGAGGAGGGUCACCGUCUACCUGCCCAGCGCCGCCAACUCUCCCAGGACGCGGUUCCGCUGGAUCCAGCCCCAGUUCACCCCCGGGGCGGACGGCUGGGCUCUGGACAACGUGCUGCUGGCACCCGGCUGUCCCUGGAUGUGCUCCGGACACGGGCUGUGUGACAACGGCCGCUGCGUGUGUGAUCGGGGGUAUGGGGGGGCUCACUGUGUCCCUCUUGCCCCUCUGCCCUCCAUACUGAGGGACGACUUUAACGAGAACCUGCGGUCAGAGCAGUGGACGGAGGUGUACGGAGCAGAGAGGGGGACCCUCAGUGGGGAGCCCCUCAAAUCGGGCACCGCCCUCAUCUUCAAAGGGGAGGGCCUCCGCAUGCUGGUGUCCCGGGACCUGGACUGCACCAGCACCCUUUACAUCCAGUUCUCCUUCAAGUUCAUCACCAAGGGGGUCCCAGAGCGCUCUCAUUCAGUGCUCUUGCAGUACUCUGUGAAUGGAGGCAUUAGCUGGCUGCUGCUGGAUGAAUUCUACUUCCCCACGUCCACCGACACUCUGUUCCUGCACCUGCCCCUACCGCCCAGCGCCCAGACCAACGCCACACGCUUCAGACUGUGGCAGCCGUACAACAGUGGUAAGAAGGAAGAGGUGUGGGUGAUUGAUGACCUCAUCAUCGACGGCAGCUCUUUGCAGAACCCCCCACUCUUAUCAGACAGUUUUGAGGGGGGGCCACAGGAAAACAGCUGGCUCUUCUAUCCUGGGGGCAACACUGGACUCUAUUGCCCUUUCCAGAAGGGGGCGCUGCAGGACGACUCGGCUAUGGUGUUUGUGUCCAGUGAACUGGGGGAGCAUUCCAUCACAACCAGGGACAUUGAUGUCAAUGAGAACACCAUCAUCCAGUUUGAGAUCAAUGUGGGCUGCACAGCGGACAGCUCCUCCUCUAACCCUGUGCGUCUGGAGUUCUCCCGGGAUUUCGGGGCGACCUGGCACCUCCUGGUUCCGCUGUGUUCCGGGGGUCCCCAGCCCAGCUCUCUCUGCUCCACUGAGCUGCACCCCGCCAGCGUGUACUACCCCGGGACCAGCCAGGGCUGGAGGAGGGAGGUCAUCCAUUUCGGAAAACUGCGCCUGUGCGGGUCGGUGAGGUUCCGCUGGUACCAGGGCUUCUACUCGGGCGGCACCCCUCCCCCGACCUGGGCCCUGGACAGCGUGUACAUCGGCCCGCAGUGCCAGGACAUGUGCAGCGGGCACGGGGCGUGUGUGGGGGGCACGCACUGCGCCUGCGACCCAGGCUACUCCGGCCCGGACUGCUCCCUCCCCGACACCCCCAACCCCGACUUCCUGAAGGAGGACUUCGAAGGGGGCUCCAUGCAUGCAGACCGCUUCAGUCUGCUCAGUGGAGGGAAGCCAUCCAGGAAGUGUGGCAUCAUGUCCAGCGGGAACCACCUGUUCUUCAGUGAGGACGGCCUGCGCAUGCUGGUCACCACCGACAUGGACCUGUCCAACGCCAGGUUUGUGCAGUUCUUCCUGAGGCUGGGCUGUGGGAAGGCCCCCCCGGACCCCCGCUCCCAGCCAGUGCUGCUGCAGUUCUCCACGGACGGAGGCCUGACCUGGACCCUGCUGCAGGAGUUCCUCUUCAGCAACAGCAGCAACCACGCCCGCCUGGUCGCCCUGGAGAUCCCGCUGCGCGCCCGCACCCCCUCCACGCGCCUGCGCUGGUGGCAGCCCUCCGAAAACGGACACUUCUACAGCCCCUGGGUCAUGGACCAGGUGGUGGUGGGAGGCAGUGCCAGCGGGUGGGGGCCCCUGGAGGAUGACUUCUCCUCCAUGGACGGCCGCUCCUGGCUGCUGCACCCGGGGGGGACCCGCAUGCCCGUGUGCGGCUCGGAGGGCGAGGCCUUCGCCUUCAUCGAGAAGUCCAACACCCGCUACGCCGUCACCACUGACAUCAGCCUGGGGCAGGACGCCUUCAUACAGUUCGACUUCUCCGCCUCCUGCUCCGUCACCAACUCCUGCUACGCGAUCGAGCUGGAGUUCUCCCUGGACCUGGGUCUGACGUGGCAGCCCCUGGUGAGGGACUGCCUGCCCACCAGCCCUGACUGCUCCGCCUACACCCUGCAGAGGCUGCUGGUCUCAGACACCUACAACAAGUGGGGGCGUGUCACCCUACCCAUCCCCGCCUAUGCCAGGUCUCCCGCCACCCGUUUCCGCUGGUACCAGCAGGCACCGUUUGACAAGCAGCAGACCUGGGCGCUGGACAACCUGUACAUCGGAGACGGCUGCCCGGACAUGUGCUCGGGACACGGCCGCUGCCAGCAGAGCACCUGUGUGUGUGACGCAGAGUGGGGUGGGGAGUACUGCGACGAGCCCCAGUCCCCCCUGCCCUCCCAGCUGAAGGACAGCUUCAGCCGCCCCCCCUCCCCGAGCAGCUGGCACCUCCUGACCGGGGGCAAGCUGAGCACUGUGUGUGGGGCUGUGGCCUCUGGGGCAGCGCUGCACUUCAGUGGGAGCUGUAGCCGUCAGCUGGUGACAAUGGACCUGAACCUGACUAACGCCGAGUUCGUCCAGUUCUACUUCAUGUACGGCUGCAUGAUCCCACCUAGCAACCGUAACCAGGGCGUGCUGCUGGAGUUCAGUCUCAACGGGGGCAUCAGCUGGAACCUGCUGACCGAGAUUUUCUACGACCAGUACAGCAAGCCAGGGUUCGUGAACGUGUUGCUGCCCCCCGCUGCGCGGGAGGAGGGAGUGCGUGUGCGCUGGUGGCAGCCACAGCACGACGGAGCCGACCACGGCGACUGGGCGCUGGACAACGUGCUCAUCGCCGGCUCCGACCCCCACGCUCAGAUCCUGGACACGUUCGGAGGGGUGGCCUUGCCCAAUCACGAGAGAGCGCCCGCUGAUGGAACACCUACCGGGCGAAUUGCUCUCCUUUCCGAGCCAGAGGAGAGUGCCACAGUGAGUGACCACUGGCUGUUCUCAGAGGACUGCUCGGUCCAGCGGUUCUGCGGCUCUCCGGACGGAGUGAUGGUCUGCGGUAGCGUGGACGGACGGGAGGUGUAUGCGGUCACUCAUGACAUCAUCCCCGACCGCGGCUGGGUCAUGCAGUUCAAGGUGGCGGUGGGCUGUGGUGCACCCGAGCGGCAGACGGAGAGGCAGGUGCACGUCCAGUAUUCGGUGGAUUUCGGGGUGUCCUGGAAGUACCUGGUGCCCCAGUGCCUGCCGGCCGACCCGCAGUGCGGAGGCCAGGUAUCCCAGCCUUCGGUCUUCUUCCCUGCUGAGGGGUGGAAGCGCGUGGUCUACCCGCUGCCCGACAGCCUGACCAACACGGCGGUGCGGUUCCGGUUCUACCAGCAGCACUCAGACACGCAGUGGGCGGUGGAGAACUUCUACAUCGGGCCGGCGUGCGAGGGGCAUUGUGGGGGACACGGAGACUGCCUGGACCAGCGCUGCCUCUGCGACCCGGGCUUCUCCGGGCCCAACUGCUACGCCAGCGCGCCGCUCAAGGCCUCUCUGAAGGAGCGCUUUGAUUGGGAGGGUGCUCCGGGACCCCAGUGGCAGAUUUUGGAAGGAGGGCGCCCCUGUACUGACUGCGGGGUGCUGGUGGAGGGGACCGCUCUGUACUUCGGGGGGUCCAAUGCCAGGCAGGCUGUCACUGUGGACCUGGAUCUCCGCGGGGCCAAGUUUGUGGAGUACUGGGCGAGGAUCGGCAGCAAGGACAACAUGACCAUGUGUCACCGGCCGACCUGUCGAAAAGAGGGGGUGCUGCUGGACUACUCCACGGAUGGAGGUGUGUCCUGGACCCUGCUGCAUGAGAUGGACUACCUCAAGUAUGUGUCUGUGCGGAGAGACUACAUCGCGCUGCCAGAGGGGGCGCUGUCCAACGCCACCCGACUGCGCUGGUGGCAGCCCUUCACCAUCUCCUCCGGCCUGGCCACGCCCAGCCUGGAGCGCGCUCAAUGGGCCCUUGACAACAUCCUGGUGGGCGGCUCUGACAUCAACCCCAGCACCCUGCUGGACACAUUCGACGAUGAGGGCGUGUCCCAUGAGGAGAGCUGGAGCUUCUACCCGAACGCCGUGCGUACGGCUGGUUUCUGCGGCAACCCGUCCUUCCACCUGUACUGGCCCAACAAGAACCAGGAUGGAACACACAACAUCCUGGCCACCCGAGAGCUCAUCGUCCAGCCGGGCUACAUCCUGCAGUUCAAGAUUGUGGUUGGCUGUGAAGCAGACAGCUGUGAGGACCAUCAUUCAGUGUUGUUGGAGUACAGGAAGGACGCCAGGUCUGACUCUUGGCAGUUGGUACAGUCCGAGUGCCUCCCCUCCUCUGUGAACAACGUGGGCUGCUCCCCCUUCCAGUUCCACGAGGCGACCAUCUACAGUCCUGUCAACAGCUCCAGGUGGACAAGGGUGACCGUGCAGCUGCCUGACCAUGUGUCCUCUGGUGCUACGCAGUUCCGCUGGAUCCAGAGAGAGGGCGCUGGCGAGCGGCACGGCUGGGGGGUGGACCAUGUGUAUAUUGGGGAGGCAUGUCCUGGGCUCUGCAGUGGGCAUGGCUACUGUACCACCGGAGCUGUGUGCAUCUGUGACGAGGGACAUCAUGGUGAUGACUGCUCCCUCUCCGGCAGCGACCUGCCCAGCUCCAUCAAGGACAACUUCGAGUCGGGCAGCGUGUCGGAGGAGAGCUGGCAGCUGAUCCAGGGAGGGGGCGUGGGCAGCGGGUGCGGCCAGCUCUCGCCCCACGCCCACGGGGACUCGCUCUACUUCAACGGGUGUAAGAUGAGGCAGGCGGUCACCAAGCCUCUCGACCUCACCAGAGCCAGCAAGAUCAUGUUCGUGCUGCAGAUCGGCAGCGCGGCUCAGACGGACAGCUGCAACGCGGCCCUGGACCGGCCCGACACCGUGGACCGGGCCGUGCUGCUGCAGUACAGCGUCAACAACGGGGUCAGCUGGCACGUCAUCGCCCAGCACCAGCCCAAAGACUUCACCAAGGCCCAGAGAGUGUCCUACAACAUCCCGCUGGAGGCUCGGGUGAAGGGGGUGGAGCUGAGGUGGUGGCAGCCUCGUCACGACGGCGCGGGUCACGACCAGUGGGCGCUGGACCAUGUGGAAGUCGUCCUAGUCAGCACCCGCAAACAAAACUACAUGAUGAACUUUGCACGACAGACCGGUCUACGCCAAUACUACAGCAGGAAGAGGCGGGCGCUGCGACAGCAAGCCUGAACAUAAGAGAGGGGUUCGCCCCAUGACCUGCCAAUCACACAUAAAGCCCCUCCUCCUCCCUCCCUUUUGCCCUGAUGACAUAACGCCCUGAUGAGUCCCACCCACCAGCGGAUUCCAAUCAGCCUUAGACCAUCCCACUCCCCUCUGACAGACACACGGGCCAUCCAGUUAGAAGCCUGGGAAGAUCUGCAGCUGCAGCCAAUGAAAAAAAAGGGCCUUCCCUGGGGGAGAGUGAAGGGAAGGACAGAGCAACAAAGUGGCCGUUUUUGUUUACUUUUCCAUGGACUUUUCAGGUUUAUAAUUGUUUUAUUAAUAUUAUUAUUAUUGCUGUUCUUGUUAUUAUUACAGUUAUAAUUGCAAUCCUAGCCCCCUAGCCUCCCCCCCCCCCACUCCUCUUUUACCACACUGUGAAGUAUAACGAAAUCACUGAGGAAGAGGAGAAACUGUGGAGCGACAUUUGAGAUGUCAGGUGGGACCAUCCGCACCUGUUUCCCGCAAGGACGGAGCUGAAGGCGGAAGACGA